AGCUCAUUGGUUACUAUGCAAAGCUGCACCAGAUUCAGUGUGCACCAGUUUAAGUAAAUCUACUCCAUAGCACUAAAGCCAGGGGCGGACUGACAACUCAUGGGGCCCCCGGGCAAUAGGGGAUCAUGGGGCCCCUAUGUCCUUGCCCAAACUCAAAAAAGCCUAUGAAAAAGGUACCAGGGGCAUCUCAUGGGGCCCCCUACUGACCCCGGGCCCUCGGGCAUUGCCCGAGUUUCCAAAUGGUCAGUCCGCCCCUGGU